UUUUUAGCGUUGGGCGGAACUUUAAGGCUGACGAUUAGAAAACACACAGUCUAUACGUCACCUUUCAAACUCCUGUGCAAGAGAUCAUGCCAAGUCAGACCUGAACAAGGCUCCAAGUAUGUUCUCUGUACGCGUACAAAAGUUUUAGCACAAGCGAACCAUGGAUAAACCCAGCAGGCCAUACCGGGGUAAGCAAGGCAGCUGGGAGAGGGGAGCAGCAGCGCCAACAGACAAGUCAGAAAGCUGGAGGAUGCAGGACCAUGUUCGAGGACAGAACUUCAGAUCAGAGGGAGGUCAGCAGCAGGGCAAGAAGAACCAGGGUGGGCCUUACUGGGCGAGUCCCAAGAAGGGAGGCAUGGGGCCCCUGAGUUACUCUCCUGGUGGAUUCAGAGGUGGUCACAGCCCCUCUCAGAGGGAUGACCUCCGGUGGUUCUCAGGUCCUGAAAACAGUGGUGGAGGUCGAGAAGAGAACUGGAGAGAACGCUCACAGCAGCCGCACUGGAGGAGAAGUACCCAGGGAGAAGGUCCACGGGAAGACAGGGAACAGGGAAGGAGAGACAUCCCUGAUGAUGGUGCAAAUAAUUCAGGAAGAAGACGGAGAAACAGAAACAAAAAGAAACCUUUUUCUGAGGAGAACAGGGGCCCUGUGAUUGAAGAGUCUGCACUCUCAGUCAAAGAGCUGCGCAGCCUGCAGCAAACAGAAAGGCGGCUUAACAGGGAGGAAAUCUUUUCCCUAAAGAAGAAGUCCCACAGCAACCCUGGUGCACUUUACACCUGCGCGCUGUGUGAUGUUCUCCUGGAUUCAGUGUCUGAUGCUUACAGGCAUAUCAGAGACAAACGGCACAAGAAAAGAGCCAGAGAGAGGCAAGAGCAGGUGAUGCUGACUGAGAUUCUGCCUCCUGGUCCAGAGCAGAUCAGUGCUGUGAGUGCUGCUCUUCAGGCUGUUGUAUGGGAACAUGGACUGAAUGACCAGGAUGUGGAGAAAAGACAAUGUGUUGUCUCCGUCAUGCAAGACCUCCUUCUGUGCGUCCUGCCAGAGAUCAAGCUCAGGCUGUAUGGAUCAUCUUGCACUAAAUUUGGAUUUAAGAAUUCUGAUGUCAACAUUGACAUUCAGUAUCCACCUCACAUGCAUCAGCCAGACGUCUUGUUGUUGGUUAAAGAGACCCUCUCUGUGAGCCCUCUCUUUGUUGAUCUGGAAGCCGAUUUUCAUGCCAGGGUGCCUGUGGUCAUAUGCAAAGAAAAAAAGAGUGGCCUGAUCUGCAAAGUCAGUGCAGGGAAUGAAAAUGCAUUCCAAACCACCUCCUAUCUUUCUGCUAUAGCCAGUAGGGAGCCUCUCCUCCUACUGCUGGUGUUGGGCUUCAGACGCUGGGCCCAGAUCUGUCAGAUCGACCGCGCAGAGGAAGGAGGGCUGCCUCCAUAUGUCUUCGCCCUCAUGGUUAUCUACUUCUUGCAGAAGCGCAAAGAGUCUCUCUUGCCUGCAUACCUGAACCAGGAGAUCAAGAUGUUCUCACUCAGCAGGCUGUCAGACUUUAGUCUCACACAUACAGAGGAUGGAUAUUUACACUGGGCCUACAGCCCUUCCGCCAAAGAAUCAUCGCAUCCAGCAGAUGGCUCCACUAUAAAGGGGAAGAUUCCUCUGGUGUUUCAGAGCCCUCAUCCACCGGUGGACGUUGGGCUUCUCUGGGUUGAAAUGCUUCGCUUCUACUCGCUGGAGUUCAACAUGGCUGACAAUGUGAUCAGUGUGCGGACCAGCAUUGUCCUCUCCCGAGAGAUGAAAGACUGGCCGAAAAAACGCAUCGCUGUCGAGGACCCAUUUGCCGUAAAGAGAAAUGUGGCUCGCACAUUGAACAGCCAACAGAUGUACGAGUACAUCCUGCACUGCCUCAAAACCACAUACAAGUACUUUGCACUGCCACUCAAUACGCCAGCUGCUAAUCACAAAGGAGAUUCAAAGCGAGGAUCUGUUGAAGGGGCCGAUGCUAAGGGUCUGGGUGAAGAGACUGAGGGCCUGUCAGGUUUCAGUCAGCUCAACAUUCAGUCACAGUAUUCAAGUCAUCCUAAAGCUGUACAGAACGGUCCCGAAGACUCUGACUGCAUUAUUGAGGAAGAGGAGGAAGUUGAAGAAUACAGUGACUCGGAUGAAGAGAGAGAGAAGGAAAAAGUGGACCCGGGCAAAAGCAGCCUCUCUGAGGAUGAGGACGACGAGGAAGAUGUGGACAUUGAUGUGGACACGCAUAACCGUCACCACUUGGAUAGCUUCACCACCGAGGAUGAGGAGAUUUUCCCAGUGGAUGAGAUCUCAGGGGAGGAGCUUUUGUCUGAUGAGGAGGGUCCAGAUUUGGACACGCCUGCUUCGAUGGAUGAGGAAGAGGAGGAAGAGGUAGCUGACAGUCUUUCACCUCCAGCUUCAGCGGAAAGCGUUAAAGGUGAAGGCCCGGAAAAUAAAAAACAAAAACCAAGCAAGUUGUCUUACGAGUUCACCAAGCAGGCUUUCACCAGAGGAAAGUCACACAUGGUCGUCUGCAGCUUGUGCAAGCGUGACGGACAUCUGAAGAAAGACUGUCCUGAAGAUUUCAAGAAAGUGGAGCUGGAAGCUUUACCUCCAAUAACACAGGAGUUUCACAGUGUCCUCAACAAAGUCUGUGAGCAGUGCUACAGUGACUUUGCCCCAGAUGAACUGGAGGUGGGUGUUAGAGAACACAUCCUUCAAGACCUGGAGGCCUUUGUCAGACGACAGUUUGCUGGAGCCCGACUACAGCUGUUUGGAUCAUCCAAAAAUGGGUUUGGCUUCAGACAGAGUGACCUCGACAUCUGCAUGGUGCUGGAGGGGCAGGAAACCAUAGAUGAUGUUGACUGCAUCAGUAUCAUUGAAAGCCUGGCGAGGUCACUGAAGAAGCACCCAGGUCUGAAGAACAUCCUACCCAUCACCACGGCAAAAGUACCCAUUGUGAAGUUUUAUCAUGUCCGCACCGGCUUGGAGGGAGACAUCAGCCUCUACAACACACUGGCCCUGCACAACACACACCUGCUGGCUUCAUAUGCUGCCAUUGACAGAAGAGUGAAGAUCCUCUGUUAUGUCAUGAAGGUUUUUGCCAAGAUGUGUGACAUUGGGGACGCUUCACGUGGCAGCCUCUCAUCCUACGCUUACACGCUCAUGGUGCUGUUCUUCCUUCAGCAGAGAAACCCACCAAUUAUCCCUGUUCUGCAGGAGAUCUAUGAUGGAAAGAAGAAGCCAGAAGUGCUAGUUGAUGGUUGGAACGUGUAUUUCUUUGAUGAUUUAAAAACGCUACCCAGUCGCUGGCCUCAGUAUGGGAAGAACUCUGAGUCAGUGGGGGAGCUGUGGCUCGGCCUGCUCCGCUUCUACACUGAAGACUUUGAUUUCAGAGAGCAUGUCGUCUGUGUCCGACAGCACGCCCGCCUCACUACCUUCAACAAGCAGUGGACGUCCAAAUACAUUGUCAUUGAGGAUCCAUUUGACCUGAAUCAUAACUUGGGUGCUGGUCUAUCCAGAAAAAUGACUAACUUCAUCAUGAAGGCUUUUAUCAAUGGAAGAACAGUGUUUGGUACACCGGUCAAAGUAUUUCCUCCUGCGUACCCCAGUCAGAUGGAGUAUUUCUUUGACCCAGAGGUACUUACUGAAGGAGAAGUGGCUCCCAAUGAUCGCUGCUGCCGCAUCUGUGGCAAGAUCGGCCACUUUAUGAAGGACUGCCCGAUGCGUAAGAAGUCAAAGCACAGAAGGGAUUCAGAGAAAAGGCCGGAACACCUGCGAGACAGAAUGGAUACAGCAGAGGAUGCUAAGGAUCAGGUCAGACACAAGAGUGAACACUGGAGGAAAAGAGAUGCACUGGAGAUGCGCUGCUGCUACCUGUGUGGAUCAACUGCCCACAUCAAGAAGGACUGCCAGCUUUACAGAAGCCCUGCAGGUAAUUUGAAGAUGGAAAACUUUUCUUCUCCCUCUUCAGCCCACUUGAGGAAUUUGAGAGAAAAGGAGAAACAGGGUUUGCCUAUACAAGAAGAAAAGAAGAAGAGAAAGCAACAAAAUGUGAUAUUGAGUCCACAAGCAGGUAGUUUAGCCUGCAGAAAUCUGGGUCGCUCGGCUCACAGGAAGAGCCCAGUGGAAUGAGCAGCGGCUGUGGAUACACAAACCCUGAGAUUCUAUUAUUGUCCAGGCAGACAGCAACUCAAAGUCCAGAAACCCUUAAAUCUGAAUGGUACUGUUGGGCCAGUGUGAGCCCGUUAAAAGCCAAAGCUAGGAACCUUGACUUGAAGCCAAAUAGGGCCUUUUUAUGCGUUUCUCUUUCUCCCCCUAAAGCCCUCCUCCUCAGAGGAGCUUUUUAAAGCUUUCAUUUUAACAAGACAAGCCAUUAUGCAUGCACCUCAUGUCAUGUCUUUCUUUACCUACUCUGCCAGUCAAGUUUUUUUUUAAACUCAUUGCAUUUCACGCAAUGUCAUUGCAGAUUCAGUGUGAAAUCUCUUAAAUUCAAAAAUGUAAAUAAUUCAGAAGUGUCAGUGUUAGAUGACUAAUAGCUUAGAUCUCCAAAAUAAGGUAUCUUUUGGAGACGGCAUACUGUGUAUUUGUCUUAUACUUGAUGCUAACACUUUGACACUGUAUAGAUUAAACUGUCUGCACAGUCUGGUAAGCCUUGGUGUUUGCAAAUUAUGCUACAGCUGUAAGACAAAUGAACAUGGUGAUGCUAUGCACUGUGGUCUGCAAGUCAAGUGGCUUAAAGUGAGAAUCAGCAAGUUGAAGGCCAUUUUGAAUUGAGAUAAAAAAUAAUUUUUCUUAUUUCCUUAUUUUCCAAUUAAAAGGGUUGUUAGGAUGUUUUGGGGGAUUUAACAAAAUGUCAGUGUACAUUUCAUACUGGCCAGGAGCUUUUUUUUUAUUGAACAUAUUUUAAUUUUGGUUUAAUUUGUCCUCUGUGCUGACAUCUGUCCCCUUAAGCCUUGAAAUCCUCUCUACCUGCAGUGUGUCUCUGUGUCUUCUUUGUUAGAGAAACCACCCCGUAGAUGUAUUUUUCAGGAUCAUAAUUUUGUCCUCUGAGAUAUCUGGUCCACACGUAUUCAUGAUUACAUACUGCCCCGCAACUGCCUGCAAGUGCGAACAGAAGGACAGUAACUGUACUUCUCUGCUAGCCCCAGCUUGUUUGUGUGUCUACACAGGCUACGAAGGCUGGUAGUAGUAAUGCAAAAACACAUUAGUUGACAAAAUUGUGUAAAAUAUUUCCUGCUUUCAUUUGGUGGUAAUAUUUUUAAAAGACAAACAAUCGACUGGUCCAGCUGAUGGCAUACACUGCUGCAAACACUGCAUUCACUCCUUAACUAGAGGUAAUCUCAGUUAGUUCAUUUGAAAGAUAAAUGUAUUUAUUUGCCACAGAGGCUUCCUUUCAUUGUAAUGAUGCCACGGAUUGGUAGCUGCACUGUGAGGGUCCACGCCCUUGAAUUCUGUUGCUGCUAGUUAUGUCUCAAAGACCUGCUUAUCAUUCAGCUUUGAAUAUGGACCGUCUGGCUUUGUUGUUAUCCUAAUAAUGCUGAAUUUUAUUAAAAUAAAUAAUUUGUUGUGGUUAUUGUAAUCAAAUUUCUCAUUUUUAAAGCAGGUUUGUUUUUUACACCAGCCUUAUUGUAUUUCAUUUCAUUGGAAUCACAUGAAGAUUUAGUUUGGGAUUAAGGAACCCUGAUCCUGCCAGGAAAAGUUGGCUUGCAAUCCAUUUUGUGUGUCAAAGAAUUCAUUAAACUGAAAUCAAAUACUA